AUGAUUCAACAAAGCUCAAAUAUGGCCACUACAGCUGUUUUCGAAGAAACUAAUACUGAUUUCGAUACUUCACUCAUGGAAUUCUUUUAUUCAACUACUUCAGAAGACGCUCUUCCCGACGUUAAUGACACCUCUUCAACAACAAUAACAGAAGUUGCAAAUGAAAUUCCAAGUUUAUUCUCAUACUCCAAUAAUGAUUUACACCCGGAACUUGAUUAUGAAUCUUCGAGUUGGUACGAUAUAACUGAAUCAUUGCCUCAAAACAUACCCGACAGUAAAAGUGAACCAAUAGCUACAAAUCCUACAAACGUGUUGACUUCACCAUUACAAGCUUUUGCAGAUUUUAAUCAUGGCUCAUCAACGGGACUUACAACCAAGCAACCGGAAUUAUUUCAUCAUAAUAAUAAUGCAAUUAAUGGUUCGUUCAAAAAUAAUGACUAUACAACUAAUAAAAUCAAUACCAAUACCACUACCACAACAACAAAACAACGCAUUUCAAAGCCUUAUGAAAGAUCCCCUCUAAUGAAACCAUCAGUUACAAUUGCAUCUAUUGACACAAUAGCUAAACUCAAAACUAAAUCCAAGAGCAAUUGCAAAUCCUCCUCAAUUUCAAAACCUAAAGUUAGAAAUCCAUUUUAUAAACCAUUCAUAUCAUCAUCAAUAUCAUCUGAGACGGCAUUAAAAAAUACCAAAAUAAUAAACUUUAGAGACGAAAACAAUGAUAACAGCUCUUCAUUUAACUUCACGGACAUUGAUAAUAAAUUAACAUAUGAUUUGUCAACAGAAACCACUAAUUCAUCCUUUCCACAAACGGUUUUGGAAGCACUGUUUAAGAAUUUUGACGAUGCUUUGAUUUUCGAUUCAUUAUUUGAUAUAAAUCAGAUCUAA